GGGCUGUGGAACGCGCCGUGCCCCGCGGGCGAGUUGCAGAGCUGCCCGGGCUUCGCCCUGGCCUCCCGCACCUCCAGCGCCGCGGGGCGCAGCGAGACUGGCUGGGGAAGAGAGAAGAGACUUCAGUUCAAAGCUGCAGCUUGCAAAAAAUGCACAGCAGUGCAUUUACUUAAUCUUGUCAGACUUUCUUUCACAGUAAGCGAUGGAUUGGAGUUGAGGCCAAAAUACAAUGGGAUUCUCCACUGUAUAACCACUGUCUGGAAGCAUGAAGGACUGCGAGGCCUAUAUCAAGGAGUAACUCCAAACAUGUUGGGAGCAGGAGCUUCCUGGGGACUUUACUUUUUCUUUUACAAUGCCAUCAAAGCUUACAAGAAGGAAGGGAAGCUGCAAGGUCUCAGUGCAACCGAACACCUAGUGUCAGCUGCAGAGGCUGGAGCGAUGACUCUCUGCAUUACGAACCCAGUCUGGGUGACGAAGACGCGGCUGGUGCUGCAGUAUAACGCUGGUGUGGAUCCGUCCAAGCGGCAGUACAGAGGAAUGUUUGAUGCUCUUACAAAGAUAUACAAGACAGAGGGCAUACGUGGCUUAUAUAAGGGAUUUGUUCCUGGUCUGUUUGGAACUUCACAUGGAGCACUUCAGUUCAUGGCAUAUGAGGAUUUGAAGCUGAGAUACAACACGUACAGAAACAGAGUAUCAGAUGCAAAAUUGAACACUGUGGAAUACAUUAUGAUGGCAGCCGUAUCCAAAAUAUUUGCUGUGUCAGCAACGUAUCCCUAUCAAGUUGUGCGAGCUCGUCUUCAAGAUCAGCAUAAUACAUAUUCUGGUGUGUUUGACGUGAUCCGCAGGACGUGGAGGAAAGAAGGAAUUCAUGGAUUUUACAAAGGAAUUAUCCCCAAUGUGAUCAGAGUGACUCCUGCCUGCUGUAUUACCUUUGUUGUUUAUGAAAAUGUGUCUAGUUUUUUACUUGGUUUUAGAAAAGAGAAUAAUUAAAGGUAUGAGCUUGGUGUGCAUGAGGAAUCUAUCCUUUAUGGUUUUACAUUUAUGAUCUGGGAAAGAUUUAGUUCAGCAGUCUUUUUUUGACACUGUGAAUUGAUCUAGUAUUUUGAGGAAAGAAGCUGGAGAUAGUAAAACCUUGCCAACAUCUCUUCUGCUGAAUGUUCCUGCAUUGCUGCCUUCCUCUGUGAAUCAGCUCUGUCUGCUGGAAACAGAUGUUGCUGCAACUGUGAAAUAAAAAAUAGCACUGAUACUGGGUGAAGGCAGCUGUGCAGCAAUUCAGUUCAUCCUGGCCUGCCUGGAAUAACGGACUAAUCUGUUUUGACAAGUCUC